AUGGAUAUAGUGCAAUUUCUUGAGGAGACUAGCUCUAACCAGCCCAUCCGCUGCAUCGACAUGCACACCACUGGAGAACCCACCCGCAUCAUCUACUCCGGCUUCCCACCACUCUCCGGGACUCUCCUCGAGCAACGAGACCAAGCCAAACAGCACCACGACCACAUCCGCAAAUGUCUGAUGCUCGAACCUCGCGGUCACAACGGGAUGUACGGCGCCAUCAUUCGCCCCGAGACCGAGCUGGUCUCAUCCGGGGCCGCGCACAUUGGGGUCCUCUUUAUCCACAACGAAGGGUUCUCGACCAUGUGCGGACACGCAACCAUCGCACUGGGCCGCUUCCUCGUCGACACGCACGACUACUCUGUAUUCCCUCGCCGCCAGGACCUCGUCUUCGAGGUAGACACGCAGACCGUCAAAUUAGACAUCCACGCCCCCUGCGGUGUGGUGCGAGUGACGGUCCCUGUCACGGCUGAUGGGCGGAAAUCCGACCCCUCGCGACCGGUGACGUUUCUAUCCACACCUGCGUUCGCAACACGAAUUCAGAUGACGGUUCCCGUUGCUCCGGAAAUCCGCUGGCCCGAGCUGAGGGACAGAGACUCCAUCGUGCUGGAUAUCAGCUACGGCGGCGCAUUCUACGCCAUUGUCCAGGCGAGCGAGCUCGGCUUCAGCGGUGGUUUGCGGGAUCUGGACCUCGAUGCAAUGACGCGCUGCAUUCAGAAACUCAAACCUUGUCUCAUGGGCCUGGCGGAGGUUCAGGCUGCGGUGCAGCAUCCGCACGACCAGCGCUUAGCAUUCCUCUACUCGGUGAUGAUUGUGGACGACACACUUGGGUUUCAACCGGAUGAUGUGCAAGGCGCGGAGACGGGAUUGUGCUACUUUGCAGAGAAUCAGAUUGAUCGAUCGCCUACGGGGUCGUGCGUGAUAGCGCGGAUGGCGCUCGCUUAUGCAAAGGGAUUAAGGUCUCUGGGCCAGCGCUGGGCGUAUAACUCCUUGGUUUCCAAUCGUUUCGGGACAGGAGCUUUCAGUGCUGAGAUUGUGGAGGAAGUGACUAUUGAUAAAGUAGAUGGUGGGUGCCUCAACGCAGUAGUUGUCCAGGUUGAAGGCCAAGCGUUCUAUACUGGGGCAUCAGUGUUUGCGGUGGAGCAUGAGGAUAGAAUAUCGUCAAGCGGGUUUACAAUGGAGGAGGUUGCCGUUAGCCGGGUAUGA